CAAGAUUCUAUACUUCUCCAUCAAUCCAAAUAUGCCCGUGAUCUUCUACGCCGAGCUGGGAUGUCCGACUGUCAUCCGGCUAUUACUCCUAUGGCUACGAGACCUAUCACUAAGCCUUCGUUGCCUUUCAAGGAUAUUUCUCAUUUUCGGAGCAUUGUUGGCGGUUUACAUUACUUGGCUGUCACUCGUCCAGACAUUCAACUCCAUCUCCCAUUCUCACCUCAAAGUCUCAAACUUGAGGAUGUUGAAGAUUUCAAAGCAUCUCGGCUCCAGCUUGCGUUGUUUAUCCCCUCGGGCUGGAAUGGCUACUGCAGCUAUAUCAUAUGGGGCUAAUGGGUCAUUGAGACACAAAGUAUAUGCUCCUUAUACAAUUUUCAAGGGCAAAGCUGCCCUGUCUGCCUCACCCAUACCUCCAACAUUCACUAAAUCAAAUUUGGGAAAUCUAGUGGUUGAUCGCAAAGGUGUUAUAUUGUUGACAUUCUCUCCUGCUGUUGGUGAGCGCAAGUAUGACUGGGAAAAGAAGCAAAUGUUUGCACUGUCAGCAACUGAGGUUGGAGCUCUCCUGAGUUUAGGUCCUGAUGAAUCCUGUGAAUUCUUCCACGAUCCUUCCAUGAAACAAAGCAAUGCCGGUGAAGUCAGAAAAAGCAUGUCAAUCAAGGCACAUAGUGACAACAGUGGUUAUUUCAUGUCUCUUAAUGUUGUCAACAAUGUCCUCAAGACAAAUGAUCGCCUAACUGUGCCAGUUACGAGUGCUGAGUUUGCUGUUAUGCAAACUGCUUUCAGUUUUGCUUUGCCUUAUAUCCUGGGAUGGAACCACUAUAUUGAUGGGCAACAAACAAGCACGGAUCAGAUGCCUUCAGGAAAUGUGGCAAGAUUUCCCGUGUCCGAAUGGGACAAAUGAAGCCGAAGUGAGUAACCGUCUUGUUCUUGUUUUUUGGCUGGCUGCUGGGUACUUUGCUCUCAUCUGAAACAGAGAGAAAUCUGAUGUAUGAUGGUGAGGAAAAUUUAAGCUUUUGUAUGGAGACAUUCUAGAGUUGAAAACAUAGAUCAGAGUUGGUAAUGUAUGAUGGCACACUUGAAACCAACACCUUUUAAGUCUUUUUUGCCAGUUUUAAUCUCGGUUAUUAGAACCAGACCGGACCAGAGGGUCAGAUCG